GCUGUCUCAUAAUCGGUCCAGAGUUCACCUACCACUUAUUCGCUUACAGUCGAGCUUCUCACCUCCUCAUUGCGCUCCCAAUGCACUUUGGAGAAUAUUCCUCUCUGCGGAGAAAAGAGGGGCUGUGGAUUGAUUUGUCCGACUGAGAAGUGAUGUGGAGUGGUGGGCUGCUGCGAGGUGUCAGACCUGAGCUUCACAGCUUUCAUUCAAGCGCAACGGGAGACCAAAGAGCCGACUGGAAGCCAGCUGAUUGGACGGCACAUGAAAAAUAGAUGCAUCACUGAACAAGUCUGUCAUGUUGACGGUGAUGUCCCGAUAGGAGCAUGUCAAGAAGAAGCAGGUAUUAUCAGCCGUUUUAUGACUGGUUGAGUGAAAUGACCGAACAAGCUGUUGGGGAGUAUUAAGAGCGUCAGAAUCACCUGGACCGAGGACAGGAUGUGUAACUCUUCUGGCAGCAGCGUGGAGCAGAUGUGUAACUCUUCUGUCAGCAGCGUGGAGCAGAUAUACUCUUCUGGCAGCGGCGUGGGGCAUAUGCGUAACUCUUCUGGCAGCAGCGUGGAGCAGAUCUUCGUCCCUGUAAUGGAUUCACUCAUUUGGAUCCUGGGAGUUACCGGACAGAGCUUAGUGAUGGUGAUCUUGUGCGGACGACAGCGGAGGCGUAGGAAACGCGGUGGACAACCUUCCCAGGCGUCCACGAUCGGCACGGGAACGGACAUCCUACUGCUGGCUCUGAGCGCUGCAGAUCUGCUUCUGCUCUCCACGGUUCCCUUCUACUCCGCCGCCAUAGCCAUGAGGAUGUGGCCGUUUGGGGACGUCAUGUGCCGCCUGGUGGGCUUCCUGGGGUCUGCCUGCUCGUCCGCCAGCAUCUUCACCCUGGCGACGCUGGCCGUCUCUCGUUAUCUGACUGUGGUGCAGCCCACCAGAGCGUACGGCCUGCUCACCCCGCGCAAGGUCUCCACGAUCGCCGCCCUCCUAUGGGUCCCGGCCUGCUGCCUCGGAGCCCCUCAGUUGGUUUUCCGCUUCGUGAAAACCCUUCGAGGAAGCCCUGACCGCUUUGUUUGCUUGACCUUUCUGUCUAACGAACAGCGGAUGAUUUACGGACUGUUUCACUUCCUCGCAGCCUUCAUGCUUCCACUGGUCACCAUCGCGUUGGCAUACGGCAGCAUCUACGUGUUCCUGUGGCGGGGCCAGCAAGCCAACACGACCCCCCAAGUCGAGCGCUAUCAAAGGAAAGUGACUCAGACAACGGCCAUGCUGGUGCUGGCCUUUACUGUGUGCUGGCUGCCCUCGUACGGACUGACACUGGCCUUACUUGCCAAUCCACACUGGGCAACCGCAGGGGCCACAGGGGCCACGCCGCGUUUUGGCUCCUUUAGUGUGUUUGCUCGCAUAAUGGCAACCUCUUCCACAGUGAUGAACCCUAUCCUCUACGUCCUGAUGUCCCAAAAGUUCAGACAUGAUCUGCGGAGGAUUUUCAAACGGGAUCAGCAAAACGGAAGGAGCAAUGUGGCGUUGUCUACUGUCUGACAGUAUCAAUGUAACCAAAUCAAACAAACCUUAUGCUGCAAGACCUGUGAAUAAAAUGGUUGCCACUUGGCAUCAGUGACAGACUGAAACUGAAAAGUCAUAUCACUCGUUGUGAACCGAUAUUCACCUUUGAGCCGCAUUAAGAGAUUAUUGUGCAAAAUGGUCUUAAAAUGUGCUCUGUGUCCAGAUGGUUUACAAGAACAGUAGGAAUUAUCCAUUCUUGGGAAGAGUGGCAAGAAAUAAAUACAAAGAAGGCUCGAUUGUUUACAAGCCAUGUAGAAGAUACAGUAAAACCCACUAAAGAAAACCCACUGCA